UUACAGGAACGGGAAGUCAAAUGUGUUGAAGAUGUUUUGAAACUUAUUGAAAUAGGCAACAGCUGCAGGACAUCUGGUCAGACUUCUGCAAAUGCGCACUCAUCUCGAAGCCAUGCAGUGUUUCAGAUUAUUCUGCGAAGGAAAGGGAAAUUGCAUGGUAAAUUUUCUCUGAUUGAUUUGGCUGGAAAUGAAAGAGGAGCAGACACUUCCAGUGCAGAUAGGCAGACGCGGCUGGAAGGUGCUGAAAUAAACAAGAGCCUUUUAGCGCUCAAGGAGUGCAUUAGAGCCUUAGGCCGAAAUAAACCUCAUACACCCUUCAGAGCAAGUAAACUUACUCAGGUGCUAAGAGAUUCAUUCAUAGGAGAGAACUCCCGUACCUGUAUGAUUGCUACAAUUUCUCCAGGAAUGGCAUCAUGUCAAAACACCCUAAAUACAUUGAGAUACGCAAAUAGGAAUGGAAAAUACUAUUGUCUAUAAGUAAAGGAAUUUGGAAUUAGUCCUUCGGACAUUCCCUUCUCACAGGGUAGUGGCAGUCGCUCUGAUCUCUCUCCUUCUUAUGAGUAUGACGACUUUUCUCCUUCAAUCACCAGAGUGAAGGAACUGACAGUUGAUCCUAGUGCAGCCGGAGAUGUCCGUCCAGUUAUACACCAUGCUCCAAAUCAGAUGGAUGACUUAGAGACACAGUGGGGUGUAGGAAGCUCUCCUCAGAGGGAUGAUCUCAAACUGCUUUGUGAACAAAAUGAAGAGGAAGUUUCUCCACAGUUGUUUAGUUUCCAUGAAGCUGUGUCACAGAUGGUAGAAAUGGAGGAGCAAGUUGUUGAAGAUCACAGAGCUGUCUUUCAGGAAUCUAUUAGAUGGUUGGAAGAUGAAAAAGCUCUUCUUGAGAUGACAGAAGAAGUAGACUAUGAUGUGGAUUCUUAUGCUACCCAACUUGAAGCAAUUCUAGAGCAAAAAAUUGAAAUUCUGACUGAACUUCGAGAUAAAGUGAAAUCUUUCCGGGCAGCCCUACAAGAGGAGGAACAGGCCAGUAAACAGAUCACUCUGAAAACACCACGUGCCCUUUGAAAUGGGCCUUUGCUGCUAAAGGAAUCGACGAACACGUACUGCUGUAGCACACAUUUGUUGCAAAACCCAGUGGCCGGAAGAACUCAACUACUUGAAAGUGAAAAACUUUAGAAAUGUCUGUGGAAAUGUCCUGUUUCUUAUUCACCUGAGUGACAUUUUCAGUUUUGUGUGAAAUGCUCCUAUGAUGUCUACAAAAUGCUUCUAGACCAGACGGCACAACCAUGCAGGGUUCAGAUCUGUGAAGCACUUUGUUUCAAAUAUUUCAUUUAUUCAACUAGUGAAUUUUAUGUUUUGGAAAUAUUUGCCAUGUUUUUAAUAAUGAAGUAAAACUGUGGCCAUUAAAAAUGCCACAGCAUUUCCUUUCAACUAUGUUCAGUUUUGUUACAAAGCUGUGCAGUUUUAAAUUGUGUUUGCGUGCAUGCACACCUCGCUAGUGGUUGUACAUAACUUCUCUUCUGCAGACAGCUGUGCUCACCUCAUCCCAUUCUGUGCCUUGAUGAAGGCUAGUUAAACCCUAGACAUCCUCUUUACGAAGCACAGCCUUAAUAAACAACAUUCCUUAUUUGUCAAUGUAAAUU